UGUUCAGCGGUUUAAUAUUUAACACACACACACACACACACAUGCACGCACACACACACACACUUUCUUUCCUCGCCGGCUGCAGACACACACGUUCAGCAGCUGAUGUCAUCAGGUCCGAGCAGCAGACGAUCGUUUAGUUAAAAACACUUUCGUCUUCUUCUAUUUCUUCUUUUCUUUCUUCUUCUUCUUCUUCUUCUUCUUCUUCUUCUUCCUGCGUUCAUCCUCGGGAACUUUUCCUCUCGGAGCGUUUUGGAUUAAAUUGCCGGCGGAGGAGGAGAUGGGACCUCGGACAGCAGUCGCUCCCUCGAAGGAGGUGAAGGUCGCAGGAGGAGGAAGAGGAGGAGGAGGAGGAAGAGGAGGAGGGAGGCUGAGGAGCAGCAGUGAUGGAAGCAGGUACAGCAGGAGACAAGUCGGUGACACCUCCUCCUCCUCUUCCUCCUCCUCCUCUUCCUCACCUCUUCUGUCCAACCCCAAAUCAGUUCUGAAGAGGCCGGUGAGCAGGGAGGAGCUGCAGACACCAGGAGGACCCUACGUGAAGAAAACCUUCACGAUCGUGGGCGACGCAGUGGGCUGGGGGUUCGUGGUGAGGGGAAACCGGCCGUGUCACAUCCAGGCGGUGGAGCCGUGCGGCCCGGCGGCUGCUGCGGGGAUGAAGGUUUGUCAGUUCGUGGUGUCGGUCAACGGCUGCAGCGUCCUGGACCUGGACUACCGGACUGUCAGCCACCUGAUCCUGACCGGACCCAGAACCGUGGUGAUGGAGGUGAUGGAGGAUACCUCGGACCACUGAGGGAAAUAUAAAAAACAAUAUACUGUACGAUGUCAUAUACGUGUGUGGCCUCUCUAACGGUUCGUGUGAUCAGAUUAUUAUUUGACCACACCAGAGUUCAGGCAGCCGAGACGCUUUGAGGACGGACUGUGAUCCGAUUGGCCGAAUCUCCUUAUGGAGGAGGUUGUCAUGGUAAUGGCUGCUACCACACUGAACGCGAAGCAACGCAGGAAGAGAAACGCGAUUGUUCGCGACUGCCACGUCGUCCUCCUCACGUUCUUCAGGACGAGGAAGAAAACACAACAACAGCUCCAGCGGCAGCGGCCAUCUUCUUUUAUUCUUCUUCUACUGUCUUUUCAUAGUUUGUUAACUUUUCUGCACAAACAAGAGCAGGAAGUGACACGUUUGAAUCAUUAUCAAUAAUUAAUUUUACUUCUUUAAAGACAGCUCUGUCAUAUGAGAUAUCAGAUAAAGUCUUUCUUGGAUUUUUUGAUUUUUUAUUAACAACGUUUCAGCUUCUACAGAAUCAUCAGAAUGAACCAAGCAACAUCUUUUAUUUAUUAUAUAUAACGAUUUCAAAGCUCAUUUCUACUUAUGUGAAAAUGUUUUUCUUUCUUGUUUCUGAGAUAAGAGUUGACUUGUAAAUUAUUUAUUGUA